GCGCACCUCUCAACUCAAACAUGAAGCUUUCUCUUGUCCUCAGCGCACUCGCAUAUAUCGUGGUUCUUGCCACAGCGUACCCUAUGCAAGCAGCCAUCGCGAAACGUGCCUGUGUUAAACGCGCUGACCUUUCACCAAACAUGGAGAAACGCGAGGAACCCGAACCCUACUACAAUGAUUACAACGACAGCACGUACGGGCCCUGUGGUGGCUAGGCUCGUGGAGGAACUUGAUGCCGAUGAAUUGAAUACUGCCAUUACCGGCGAACUUGACCACAGAUUCUAACAGGUCCCGCAUCGUCGUAACCUUACCUUCCCUGUACAUCUACAUAUCUACUGAUCGCUUGUUUUCUGGAUGCACGUGUACUAUAAUAGAAUCCCUGUUGUUUUUACGCCCUCUUUUUGACUUAACUACAGACCUAGUGUUGUUGCC